AUGUCGACCGGCGCGCGGGGGCUGCUCGCUGAGGAGGAGGCGCAGCUGCUGCAGCUCCGGCGCGACCUGGAGGGCAAAGUUCGACGGGAGCUUGAGGCAGAGCGCGAGGCGUUUGAGGCGGAGGCCCGCACCACCUCGAUUGGCAAGCUGUGCGCCACGCCGUUUGGCAUCGACAUUGUCGGCAUCACGGAGUUCAUAGCACUCGCGGGGGCGCUGGUGGGCGGUGUCGCGGCGCGGCAGCGCAAGGCAGAGUUGGAGCGGCUGAACGAGCAGCUGCGCAAG